AUGUUUACACCAGAUUUAUUAUUAGAUCUACAAUUGAAAUAUUGGGUAUUAUUACCUAUAUCAUUAGCUAUGGUGUUAGUAGGUUUACUUCGUUCUAAUAUAACAUAUUUAUUACAGCCAAACCCAAAAUUACAACCAUAUAAACAAGUUAGAGAACUGCAAUUUUUAUUUAAAGCAAAACAAUUUAGAGAAAAUAAUGAUAUAUUAACUACUGAAGAAUUUGAAAUGAGAAAGAAUUAUUAUAUUAAAACUUUAAAAUCAGAUGAAUUUUAUGCAUCAAAGCCAAAUGUUGCCAAAACUGAUGAAUUUAGUCCAUUAGAUCCAACACAAAAUGAAGCAUUAAUGUCAAUGGCUAAAUCUAAUUUAUUAAAUUAUAUACCACAAACGUUAAUUAUGGGAUGGGUUAAUUAUUUCUUUGCAGGAUUUGUUAUAAUGAAAUUACCAUUUGCAUUAACUGAUGGAUUUAAAGCUAUGUUACAAAAUGGGAUAGAUACUCCAAACUUAAAUGUAAGAUAUGUUAGUUCAAUAUCAUGGUAUUUUGUUAAUUUAUUUGGAUUAAAACCUAUCUAUUCAUUAAUUAUGGGUAAUGAUGAAGCUGAAGAAUUGAUAAAACAACAAAAUCAAAAUCAAAUGCCACAAUUAUCAGGUCCAGGACAACCUAAAAUAGAUAAGAUAUUUAAUAAUGAAGCGGAGAAUAUUCAAAUAUUAACUCAUGAAUCAACAUUUGAUAAAAUUAUUGAAAGAUUUAUAGAAAAAUAUCAAUAG